GGAAGCAGCCCACACACGUCAAGAGAUUUCAUUUCACAGCCUUUUAAAAUUCAAUCACAUGCUUUUUUUUUUGUUUUUUUUUUUAGAGUGUUUAUGUCACCUUUUGUCAUACUCUAUUAGCUGCUAUGUGAGCAGAAAAGUUGAUCAAAAGUAAAAAUUCUGCGUAAAAGUGGGCUUUAUCGGUGCGCCAAGUGCUAAUUAUUCACUUUGCGCGCUGCGGUUGUGAUAUUGCCAUGAGAGGGGAGUGAGUUCGCAGUGACGGGAAGGUCUAUCAUUGUAAAUUUAUGAUAAGAUUACUGUACUUUAUAGCGCAGGGGGAGAAGCUGGCACUCUCGUCCUGCUGAAUGCGCUAGACAGCAGUGGGACUCCAGUUGGCUGUGUGCGCUCAGACGCACAGACGCAAGCAUCCCACUGGCUGGAGUUGUUGGAGGACACUCGCCCGUUUCGCCUCCACCGCUGCUCUGAUCUGCGUGUCUUCGUCUCCUGGCGGUGAGAAGACCACCCGCAACGGGGAGGAAAUACAGAAAGAGCUCCUAUUUUUUUUUUAUUUAGACACCCCGGAGAGUGAGAGGAACUGUGCAAGAAUCGGGACUGGACACUUUUUUCUUCUUCUUCUUGCGUGUUGGAAGGGAAAUUAUUCCUCGCAUGAGCUGGAUCUGUUGUGUUCAAGCGGAGCGCACACUGCUGCACCUUUUCAAUGGAUUUCAAUACAGUGGAAGUACUCUGGGAAUUAAACUACUGUUAAGUCGCUUUUAGUUCGCCAAUUCCGCUCCAACAAGGGUUUUUUUGUGUCGCACACGCAGAGGAGAACGAUGAUCCUCGCAGUGUUGUAUGUUCUUCUGCCUCUUUUUGAUGUGUUGUGUUAUGCAGAGGAGAACCUGCGCGCCGGAGCCACCCGGCUGGACUGUGUGAGGGCCAGCGAGCAGUGUCUGAAGGAGCAGGCGUGCAGCACCAAGUACCGCACUAUGAGGCAGUGCGUGGCCGGCGGCAAGGAGAGCAACUUCAGCAUGGUGGCCGGCCUGGAGGCGAAGGACGAGUGCCGGAGCGCCGUGGACGCGCUCAAGCAGAGCCCGCUGUACAACUGCCGGUGUAAAAGGGGCAUGAAGAAGGAGAAGAACUGCCUCCGCAUUUACUGGGGGAUCUAUCAGACAUUACAAGGUAAUGAUUUCCUGGAGGAUUCUCCGUAUGAACCAGUCAACAGCCGUCUAUCUGACAUUUUCCGCCUGGCUCCCAUCAUAGAGGGUGGGGAACCUUGGAGCAGCUCUGCCACUUCGGCUCCAGGCAGGGGGGGCGCCCAGGGCAGGGUAUCCCAGGGCAGAGAGCCCUCUCUGGGCAGAGGCAGCCCCUCCUCCACGGAACUGCAGGAUCCCAGUAGAAACAGGAGAGCUCAUCCCAAUUGGGCCAUACUGGGAGAGCCUGCAGUCGCCAGAGAGAACAACUGCCUCAACGCCGCCAAGGCCUGCAACCUGAACGACACGUGUAAGAAGUACCGCUCUGCCUACAUCAGCCCCUGCACCAGCCGAGUCUCCACCGCUGAAGUCUGCAACAAGAGGAAAUGCCACAAGGCCCUGCGGCAGUUCUUUGACAAGGUCCCUCCAAAGCACAGCUACGGCAUGUUAUUCUGCUCGUGUCCGCUCAGCGACCAGACGGCGUGCUCCGAACGCCGGCGUCAGACCAUCGUUCCCGUCUGCUCGUACGAAGAAAAGCAAAAACCCAACUGUCUGGAACUGCAGGCCUCCUGCAAGACCAACUACAUCUGCAGGUCACGACUCGCCGACUUCUUUGUCAACUGCCAGCCGGAGCCUCGUUCGCUGUCAGGCUGUCUGAAGGAAAACUACGCCGACUGUCUGCUCUCCUACUCGGGUCUGAUCGGUACUGUGAUGACGCCCAACUACCUGCGCUCGCCCAAAAUCAGCGUUUCUCCUUAUUGCGACUGCAGCAACAGCGGCAACAACAAGGAUGAGUGUGACAAGUUCACCGAGUUUUUCACCGAGAACACCUGCCUCCGUAACGCCAUCCAGGCCUUCGGGAACGGGACGGACGUCGGGGUUUGGCAGCCGAUGUCGCCCGUCCAGACCACCACCUCCACCACCACGCCCUACCAAAGAAACCGCGAACGCAACCCCAACACCAUCGACAACCACAUCAACACAGAUCCGGGCAUCUACCACUUCUGUGGCAGCCUACAGGCUCAGAAGUUGAAGUCAAACUCGAGCGUUGAUGGUGUCCUCUGUGUGGACCCUCAGAUAGACGGUCCAAGUACGUCCAACGCCAUCCUGAGAAACUGGGCUGCCUCCAGACGGCCUGCAGGCCUGGCCUCGCUGCUGCCCCCGCUGCUCUGGCUGUGGUACUGCAGCCUGCCUGGGGACUUGUAGCCGCCUCGCAGCAACAAACUACAAACGGACUGACAAACACACAUUUGUAUAAAAGAAAAAGCAAAACAAGAAAUUAUAUCCUUCUAUUCAGUAAUACCUGUUGUACUUUUAUUUCCUCCCUGGAUUCUUUCUCUCUUUUGAUUCCUACUUCGAUUUUUUUAUGGAUUUUUUGAGAAGCUUUGUUGUUUUAUUGUCUUUUUUGUUUUUUUAGCAUUGCAGCUGUGUGCUAAAACGGUGAUCUACUAUACAUGUUAACUCAGUUUUUGGCUGUGUGUUCACGUUGGGUUAGUUGAAAAAAAAAUACAAAUGAAGGGAUUUACAGCGUCUAUUUAUUCUGCUCACUUGGGCAGAAAUGAGAAAAUACUCUAGGACUACAUUCCAGUAAACCACAGCUGGUGGCUCUUGGAACCGCAAUGUAAAUUAGCAUCAGUUUUCAGAGUUGUCGAAUCAGUUUCCACCCACGUCUGUUUGUGUGUUGAGGCUAUAGGUGGGAUCUUUCGCUUAAAAGUCACAGUCUGUUCAGUAACUGCUACAUCCUAUCACUUGGGCAGCCUUUUAGGUGUUAUUCAGUCUCCUCUGUGGUGUGUGUGGUUUGAUAAUCACGUGAUCUGAUAUUUCACAUUCUUAUGAGCCGAAUGAAAGGUCCACCCUACUUUUUUUUUUCUUUUCCUUCAGGACGAACACCAAGAACAUCCGAGUAGUCAGAACAUCUGCGCCCAAACUGUCUUUACUGUAGCUCGUACUGAACACACAUCGCCGCUGGCAAAAGCACACAAGCAAAGUCCCACAAACACAUACUGCACACUUAUACACAUUCAGACAAAAACCACAGUGAAACACACAGCGGCAGGAUUACUGCUCGCUCUUCCUCCCAUCUCGGUUCAGCUAACGGAGUGCUGCUCACAGAUCACAGGACAGUUCGCUGCUGCAGAUGGCUGAAUCCACUCCGCUCAUUAGUGAUUGUACAUACGUGUAAUUCUCCCGGCCACAUUUUAGUGUUUCUUUUCUGGACGAGGUGACAUGGAAGCUGCUGAAGUUUCACCCGAAUGAUCUUGUUUUUCUGUUUUUUUGUUUGGUUUAUGUACUUCGCUGCAUUGAGCCCACAAAAACAAGAGCUGAGGAAAAUCACGGGCUUAUUGUUGUCGAGUGCAUUCGGUGGUGACUCAGCCUCCAUUGAUCCAAAGCAUCCUCUUCUGUCGGUUCCGCGUCACGACUUAUUGCCUCAAUUGUGAAACUCUCGAACCUUUGGUGGGGAGGAAGAGGGAAAAUUUGAACCAACCGUUUGCUAAACCGCCUCGCUGCAGGUGUCGAGUUUUGUAUUCUAGCACAGCAUGCACAGUUUACCUUGAAGAAUAAAAAUAACACAAAAACUCGGUACCUCCUUCACAAUAAAAGCUCUGCUGAAGCCUGUACUGUGGUUGGUGGGAAAACAGUCAGCAUCCAUGUAAAAGAUAGGGAAAGAAAGGAUGUUAUUUUGUUGUAAUGUCGCUAUGUGCAAGGCAAAUGUGAGAAAGAGGACGGAUUUUGAAGGUUGAGGACUAAAACCUUGAUUAUACUUCACUGCAGAUCCGUGUAUGAACAGCUGGAGACAUUACGAUCAAUAUUAUACUGUUUUUGAGUUUGGUUGGAGUCCACUGCUCCAUUCAUGCCCUGUAGAUCUACAUAUUCUGUGCAUGCAUACUACUGCCUUGAAUUUUAAUAGCGCUGACACAACUUUUGGACUCCUGUAUACUUGGGUAGAAGACAAAAUUUACAUCACAUGGUCCCAUUUGAAUCCUUGCUUACUCCCUGACACGGAACAAAUAACACUAAAUAAAAAUUUUGGUAAACAUGUUUUGGGUUUAAAACCUCAAAUCCAAGUCCAUAUGCAGUCCAAAAUUAGUGUCCAACCAAACAUUCUGCACAGCAACAAGCUACGCUAUCACGACAUUAGUGUAUAUAGUCGGCAGCAGUGUGUAUAUGUGGAUCUACAGUAGUAUAGAAGCUCUUAGUGGACUCUAAACAAACAAGAAAGCAGUAGAAGGCCAGUUAUACUUUGUGAGUACAUGAGGUUCUGUGAGACUUUCUAAAUUUUGUGCAGCCCAAAAUUUGCGUCUGAGUGGAUAAUCCACACAGAAACUACACCAUAAGGACGAGUGUAAAUGCUCAGCAGUAGCCUGGAUGCAUGCAGUAUAUAAAUAUGACCUACCAAGUCCAAGCAGACUAGAAAGUAGUAUAAGUCUAGGGUUUUUCUUUCGGUGUCCACAGAGAUCCACAAAGGACCACCAGGGUCCAUGUGACAUAUUUUGUUAGUUCUUCUAAACCGCUUUGGUCUGUGCAGAUGCCACCACAGGAUAAGUAACUGCACCACAGUGGCAACAAUGUGCAUGUUUUGGAGUAGUACAUAGGCAGAAUAUUUGGAUAAAACCUACUUUGCAUUUAUAGAUCGGAUUGGAUUGCUCACAAUGGACUCAAAAGUACACCAACAUGUGAUGUCCAUAUCAGAAUCACUCCACUUAUCUCAGAGGAGCAGUUGCUUUAAACAUGCAUGAGGCACUGCUGGGAUUUGAACCCAGGAUCUCCUGUUUACGAGACAGGCGCUUUGACCAGCUAAGCCACAGCGCCUCGUAGCUGUAUGUGUCUAGGCGACAUCUACAACGGAGCAUAAUCAAGGCUUCAGGCUCUGAUGUGAACUUGCGACCCUUAAAUGAAGGCGAUUUUGCUAACUGCUAGAUUACAACUGUAUACAGCAAGGAAGACAUGCUAACUUUAGCAUCUUGUAUUUUGUUUGUAAUUUUCAAAUUAUAAGAUAAAACUGACACCACCCUUCCAACUUUUUGGAUUCGUUUUGAUGCUACCUCGCCUCUCCAACAUGCUGAACAGACUCCAAAGCCUGACAGACCUGCUGCACUUAAAGCUCAAAUUAGCUGCUCGGGGCGGACGUUUAGCAAACGGUCAGCUUCCAUCUUUCUUUUUAUUUCAUUUUGUUUAUAUGUAAACCAUUAAAGCAUUUUGUAUGUGUGCUCCUGAGGACUGCUGGGAAAAUAAAUGGAAAAAAAAAAAUCAGAACUGCGGCGCUGCAAUCACACUCUCAGAGGUAGAAGAGCAUCUGUUUCCAUCAGCUUUUCACACGGAGGCAUAUGGUUUCACACGAGUCCUCCCCCACGGCCAACCCAAGCUUUUAAUUUUGACAGACUUUUCCCUGCAGCUCGAUCAGGACGUUUACAUACAUCACCGUGGCAUGUUCAGCAAAUUCCUUUCUAGCCAUUGUGGACGCUGACGGGAGCAUUUUACGACUCGCUGCUUGGGUUUAUGUAGCUUCUCGAAACACAAUUAAUGUAUAGUAGAACUUAAAUGUUAUUUACCGAGCAUAAACAUGGUAUAUGCACUGUAUGUACUUGGCUGAAACUAUGAAUUGGACAAAUAAAUGUCUGAUGAUAUUCUAUUUCAGAGCAUUGUGAGCUAUUUUGACAUUCAGAUACAACAUAGAGUACAUUGAAUAAGGCAGAAUAUUGUUUUUUAUAACAACUUAAAUGUAUAUUUCUCCGAGUAUGUACAUGAUUAUGGAAUAUUAUUGCAUCUGAGACAGAGGAUAUCAAUGUAACUCUCCUAUUGUGGUUUAAAAAAAAAAAAACAACUGUAUUUCCAUAUUGUUUUGUACCAUAGACUCAUUUACGCUUGAAUAUAGUGUCGAUUUUUUUGGCUAAGAUUUACACUUAUUUUUCUAUCUUUUAUUAAGUUUUGCUGUUUUGAUGAGUUGAAGUGAAUGAGACGGACCUGAAACAGAUUUUUCUAGGAGCAUUUGGUGCGUAAUUAUUUUUCCUGUUGAAACAGUUAUGGCAAUUGCAUGAAAAAGAAAGCGAAUCAACAUUUAGAGAGGAAUAUGUUCUGUACCACGCCUUUAGAGGCUUUUUUUUAUUUGACCAGACCAGUGGGUAAACUUGCCACAGAUUGAAUGUGAGCAGUUUGGAUGGAAAGUUAAAGGGAAAUGUUAUGAGUUACGAGUCGCAAACCGCUGACAACAUUUCUCGGAAUUGUGUCUUAAAAGUUCGCCUGAUCGUUUUAUAUUUGAAUCCCAGUGUUCAUAUCUUCACGGGUCCCUGAAAUACGAGAGCAAAGUUUAUCGAGGUGGUUCUUUGCAGAGUUCAGAACUGGAAUUCAGUUUUGGACCAAAAGUUAAAAAUACGUUUUUCUGUCCUUCGCCAUCUCAUCUGCUGUUUCUGAAGAUGCAGACUCCCUCAGCUAUCUGGCAUCAUUAACUUCUUAGCUUGUGAAAAUGUAAAAUCUAUUGUACAAAAGUUAUAAUUAAAAACUGUUAAAUCACCCAGA